AACCAGACCGAUUCAUUGACAUCGAGAGCUUGACGAGACCUUUUUAAUUAGCGUUCAAGCAGUGCUGCACUCUAUUGAUAACGUUCUGUCGGUCGUUGGCGCAUGUAUACUCGGAUUUAGAACCGCUGUGAGGUCAUAGUUUCCAUCAGAAGUGUCCAUACUUGUUCGCGUCGUGCUCGCAACGGACUCGCAGGAAAAAUGGCGACAGAAGAUAUUGACCGUGCCAAGAUGGAAUCUGUGCUGCGUAACCUGAAAUUGUCAGGUCAUGUUGGAUUUGACAAUUUACCCGAUCAGUUGGUGAAUAAAUCGAUACAAAAUGGAUUUGUAUUCAACAUUCUCUGUAUUGGUGAAACUGGACUUGGAAAAUCUACACUUAUGGAUUCCCUCUUUAAUACAAGCUUUGAGUCUAGUCCCAGCCCUCAUAAUUUGCCAUCUGUAAAGCUUAAAGCGCAUACCUACGAACUACAAGAGAGUAAUGUCAGAUUAAAGCUAACGAUUGUUGAUACAGUUGGAUAUGGUGAUCAAAUCAACAAAGAGGACAGUUUCAAAGCAGUUGUUGAUUACAUAGAUGCACAAUUUGAAGCUUAUUUGCAGGAGGAAUUAAAAAUCAAGCGUAAUCUCACAACCUAUCAUGAUAGUCGCAUUCAUAUCUGUCUUUAUUUUAUAUGUCCUACUGGUCAUGGCUUAAAAUCCAUUGACCUAGUAUGCAUGAAGAAACUGGAUACCAAAGUUAAUAUCAUUCCUAUUAUUGCUAAAGCUGACACAAUAUCAAAGACUGAAUUACAGAAAUUUAAGAGCAAAAUCAUAUCUGAAUUGCAAAACAAUGGAAUACAUAUUUAUCAGUUUCCAACUGACGAUGAGAGUGUAGCAGAUACAAAUAUCACUAUGAACACUCAUGUACCCUUUGCUGUCGUCGGUAGUACUGAUUUUGUACGUGUAGGCAAUAAAAUGAUGCGUUCUCGUCAAUAUCCGUGGGGUACAGUUCAAGUUGAAAAUGAUCAACAUUGUGACUUUUUAAAACUACGUCAAAUGCUGAUAAGCACUAACAUGGAAGAUAUGCGUGAGAAAACACACUGCCGUCAUUAUGAACUUUAUCGAAAAAAAAGAUUGGAACAAAUGGGUUUCAGCGAUGUUGAUAGUGACAACAAACCGGUAAGCUUUCAGCAAACGUGCGAAGCAAAGAGAUCUAUUCAUUUACAAGAAUUGCAACAAAAAGAAGAUGAAAUGCGACAGAUGUUUGUCGCCCGAGUAAAGGAAAAAGAGGCCGAAUUGAAGGAGGCAGAGAAAGACCUUCAUGGUAAAUUUGAUAAAUUGAAAAAAGAUCAUACAGAAGAAAAAAAGAAAUUAGAAGAAAGUCGUAAAAAACUUGAAGACGAUAUACUGGAAUUUACUAGACGAAAAACGCAGUUUGCCCAACAAUCCCAGCAUCAUACGCUAACAUUAGGCAAAAGCAAAAAGAAGUAAAAAGCAUUUUAUCACGAAGAUCUUUUUAUACCAUUUGGAUAUAUGACUACGCAUUUUAAUUGCAUUUUUCAAUAAUAGUAUUAUUAUUUUAAUUGUGUAUCGUUUUAUAUUUUAUUAUAGUAUUAUAUUUUAUAUUGUAGUAUUCAGAGAUACAUACCAAAAAUUUUUUAAGGAUAUGUUCUAAGCCAUAUAUGGCAUUCAUAUUAUAUAGAAGCAAUUCCCAUGAUAAAGAAGUAUUUAAUCAAAUGUUUAUUUGUGUAUUGAUUUGUAACGUGUAUUUGACUUUAUAUGAAAUAUAUGUUUA